CAGGAGGAGCGAUGAAACGUCAUCCAUACACAAGUCUAAAGAAGAAGAAGAAAAAUUAUUUAGAUUUCAAUUUUCAAAACCAAAAGAACCAAUAGUCGGUUUUCAGUUUUUUGUUAUAGAAUUUAGUUGUUUUUGGUAUUAAAGGAUCAAGACGCAGUGAAUACUUUUGGAAACGCACACAACAACUAAUAUCCAGGAGGUGGAAUGGAUGCUUACAUAAAAUUGGACUGGUCAAAAAAUCAUCGGCGCAGUGAGCCACGUUUAUUGGAUUAUUUUGCAAUAGAUUUCUCCCGCUACACUGAAGAUAUUUUUAAUUUACACAUUAAUGAAGUCGACAUAGUGCAUCAACCUGACGAUUUGUAUGUAGAUAACCAUAAUCAAACGGAAGUAGAUUUUCCGAUUGAUCCUCGAAAUGGCACAGAGGUUCGUAAAAUUGUAAUCGACAAUACUAGCUCUGGAAACUGUCUAUCCACACGUUUGUAUGAACAGUUUCCCAGUGGAUCACGUUUGAAUCGAGCUGAGCAUCAGCAUUGCUUGACAGUACUUAACCGUUUGAACAUGAGACUGCCUUUUGAAACAGUUGAAGAAUUAGAAGCUCUAGCAAAAUAUAGAAGUUUGAUAACAAAGCUAGAAAAGGAGAGAUCAUUAUUUGAUAGUUUUGUAAAAAGUUUCUUCAAUAAUGAUUUGGUUUUUCGAAAACGCACUGUCGAUUCAGAAUUGAAUAAUUUAGUGGUGCAUAUCUGGAAGCAUAAGGUUCAGAGAACAAUGGAAACCGUUACUGCUGACAAAACAUUCCAUCUAUCAACAGCAGUGAUGUGGUUGAAAUAUAAAAAUAAUGAGCAAAAAAUAACAUUUGAGCCGGUAUCUGAACACAAUUCGGAAAUUGAAAGUGUGAAGCACAUUUUCACAGAAAAUUUGCUAAGUUGUCGUACUCUGAAGAGAAACGUACGAGUAAUUGAUCGGUUUUUACAAGAACAACUUACUCUCAGUAAAACUGAUGAUUCUGCACAGGUCGAAUUAAUUUUAAAACAAGUUGAAGACGUUAGAUUCGUGAUCAAUUCCGGAACACUAACACACAUGCUCGAUAUAUUCAGCAAUAUACAGAACCAAUGGUUUGUCCCGUUUAAAAUAAUUUCCGUUGAAGGACGAAAUGUGAUAUAUAUUGAUAAAAAAAUGCAGCCGAUAAGAAUGAUGAGUCACAAUCGGAACGUAAAAGCACAUAAAUAUUUGAUAAGAAGUUUUAUGAGCCAUCUAAAAAAAGACGGUUCUUUGGGGACAGGAAGAAAAACGAGAGAUCAAAAAACACCCCAAACGUCUGAUUAUAAAGUCUUUGAAUUCGAUGAUUAUCUUCAACGAUUGGAAGAAAUGAGAAAAACAAGUGACACGCCUCAACAAAAUGUUAGUUUAAGUUUAUGGAAAUUACAAAAUGGAGAUGAGCAGUAUCGGUUUCUUGUUAGAUUUCGAAUGGAUUGUUACGAAUCAUUACGUAAAGUAAAGUUUUUUAUAAAUGUGUCAGUUAAACUAGAAUAUCAAGCAGAAUUUGGUGCCGAACAAAUGACUCAAAGUGAGUUGAUCAGAGAGUGGACAAGGCAAUUUUUAAGGCCGAAUUCGAAAACGUUACGAUUACGAAUAAAUGCAGUUACGCAUACAAUUCUUUCCCAUCACUAUCUUGAGCUGAAGGAUAUAGAAGAAGAGCUGAAACGGACAUAUGAUAUCGAACCGAUGAACCUCAUAACAAACUUGUGGCAAACAUUGAAACUUUUAUUAAGCUUUCCUCCUGGGGAUCAUCUCAUGCAACAUGAUACGAAGAAUCCAGAAACUGUACUGAUUCUUUCAAAUGAUCCUAAUUUAGCGGGAUCUGGCAUUAGUUUGAAUUUUUCGAACAUCUAUUCAUCCGUCGAAUAUGAACCAUGCGUUUUGGAGCAAUAUGACUGGGUACCAAUCGAUCGGACAGUUAUAACAAAACUUCAUAAGGAGCACACGCUGUUACCUUGUACUUUUCCGCAUUGGAACAAUGUUCAACGAAUUGUAGCACGUGAAAAACUGCGCCCAAAACCGAAGCCAGUUCAAGUUCAAGCAAAGUGUCAGCUCAAGGCUAAAAAAUCUAAAGGUAAUCGAGAACGACGGAAACGCAAGGAGCGCGAACGAAAGCAACAGAAACGCAAAGAACAGACAUUUGUGACGAAAAUUCAAAACUCGCUUGAUCAGUUCGCACCUUAUCCUGGUCCGUUAAGGUUUAUCAACAAAAGUUCAUCGUCAUGCAGCUCAUCCAUAGUAGAAUCUCCUAUGAAAAAUUCAGCAAAAGGAGAAACAAUCGACUAUCAGACGUACAUUGACCAAGCCAACGUUCAAAUGCUCGAAAAAUAAAGCAAGUGUAUGUCUGAA